AUGGCACCCGUCGAGAAUGUCAGUCCGGCUCUGGUCGACUUCAACCAGAAGUCCCUCUUUGCGUCUGCCUGUGCGAUCAUGUUCAACCCUCUUUUCUGGAACAUCGUUGCGAGACAAGAAUACAACAACAAGCUCCUGACGAAGCUCUUUGGCGGCCGCUCGCAGACGGCGUGUUACGCCCUCGCCGCAACCAUCUUCUUGCUCGGCCUCUUCCGCGACGGCCUCUACGAGCGCGCGUUGCGCCACCAGCCCACGCACCCAGCGCUUGAUACCGACCUCGCCAACUACGCGGGCUAUGCCCUCCUCGCCGCCGGCAACGUGCUCGUCAUCACGUCGACCUACCGCCUCGGCAUCACGGGCACCUUCCUCGGCGACUACUUUGGCAUCCUCAUGGACGACAUUGUGACGGGCUUUCCCUUCAGCGUCACGGACGCGCCCAUGUACAACGGCUCCACCAUGAGCUUCCUCGGCACGGCGCUGCUGUACGGCAAGCCCGCCGGCAUCCUGCUCACCCUCUGGGUCCUGACCGUCUACACCGUCGCCCUGCGCUAUGAGAACCCCUUCACCGCCGGCAUCUACGCCAAGCGCGACCGCGAGAGGGCCGCCGCCGGCCCUGGCAAGGAGGCCAAGAAGGUGCGGUAA